AUGACAAUCACCACCAUGGACACUGAUACUGAAUUGCAACGCCUGCGGGCCAGCUUUGCGCAAAUCGAACAACAAAAUGAACAACUUAAACAAGAAAAUAAACGGCUCGGGCAACAAAAUGAACGGCUCGAGCAACAAAAUGAUCGGCUCGAGCAACAAAAUGAUCGGCUCGAGCAAACUCAACAAAAUACUACCUUGAGCCAAUACCUAAAAAACUGCCAUCGUCUGCUCUUCCAGUCCUUAGCAGUACGACCCGCAGACUCUGGCACCGGCACCACUGUGACGAAGGUUGAUGGCAAAUUUUACCCACGUAGCCUCCGACCAUGGACAGCCUAUAGAGCGCUGAAGGAGGAAUUCGAAUUUAUCAAGGACGUUCUCAAGGAAGACCGGCUCUUUUCUGCCAUCAUCUCCAUCAAAGACCUUCAACGACGAGUCUGUGGGACGCCAGUAGCGACCGAGGACGACGUCAAGCCGUUUGAGUAUUUUGCAAUCGAAGGACCAGUCAUGGAUAUUAUUCGCGAACUUUGCACAAGAGUAGAUUCUAACCCUGCGAUUGCAAGCCUUAAUGCGUCUGGUAUAACAUUUACGAAUCAUUCACUUGGCGUCAAUCCACCAGCAGAUGAGAUCCUCCAAGGUGAUCUUCCUGAGGGUACAGAAAAACAACGUCGUGACCAAUCACCAAGAAAGCGAGUCGCCGUCGAGCCGAAGAAGAUAAUCCCAGAUCGUCGCUGCCUUCGGGAGGAUCCUGCUGGGAAUCGCGAGAUAAGCUUUGUUAUUGAAUACAAGGCUGCUCAUUUACUGCAGCCCAGUCGAGUGCGCCGCGGUCUUACCAAGCACUUGUUUACAAAUGUUAUCAAGGCUCGCGCAAGUACAAAGUCAAGCACCGACGAGGCCCAGUCCUCGAAAGACAGAUCUGAUCGAAUACUUGCCAUGGCUCUCACGCAAACCUACGACUACAUGAUCAGGUUGGGACUCAAGUACAGUUACUUGGCUGCUGGGAAGUUGUUUGUAUUUCUAUUGGUUGAGGAAGACGAUCCAACAACUCUUCACUACCACAUGGUUGACCCGGCUGGGGAGGCGGAAGAUGAUGAGGGAGUGUUGACAGAGUUUAGGACUGCUGUCGCUCAGGUGGCUUGCUUUACUUUGCUAGCCCUCCGCACGAAAACACGACCAUCAAGCUGGACUGCCGAGGCGCAGGAAGUCUUGGCUGAAUGGCCGAUUCCAUAUGCGGACAUGGAGCACGAAACGACGGACGAGGAGGAGUUUUUACCAAAUUCUUCCAGCUCGUCGGAUCUUUCAUUCGAUGGAGACGCUCUGAAAGUCUCUCCCAAAAAGUUUGUCCUUCGUUCGAGAGGGGCAUGUAAGAACCCGGAUGCAGUCCAUGGCAGAAGAGAGGGCGCCGAUGAUGACGAUGACAGCAACGACACGCUGGGGCAUAGUUCCCGGAGUGCCUUUCCUCGCCUCGACGUCCGGACCAAGAGGGCGGCGCCUUCAAGCAGCGGGAGCUCGAGUUCUUCCCCUACAGAUACCAGAGAGCAAUCAAGGCCCUACUGCAGCCUAGGAUGUCUCCUUGGUCUCAAAAGAGGCCAGCAGCUCGACGCGAACUGCCCAAACGUGGCGUCACACCGCAUGGCCACGACGAGUACAAAGCACCCGAUCCACUUCGAAGACCUGGCCACUCUUUUGCAGGAGCAACUGGCCCAUUCCUUGUGGAUACAUUGUGAGCCUCUCGAGAAGACGGGCAAAUACGGAGCCGUCGGGACGCUCUUUAAACUUACGCUAGCACGAUACGGCUACACCUUUGUCGGCAAAGGUACGAUUCAAGGGUUUGUUCCAUAUCUUCGACAUGCGGCCAAGGUCUUUGACCGAUUGGAACGCAUACAAGGCGAAGUCGUACCCGUCUACCUCGGUAGCAUCACCUUGGCAAAGCCGUAUCCCCUCACGGCGCAGAAUGCGAUUCGGUUUGCCGGUACCAACAUCGUGCACAUGCUACUCAUGUCUUGGGGGGGCGAAGCAGCAACGAGUAUGGGGGAGCGCAUCGAUCUCUCCGGGGAGGUGAUGAGGUCACUGAAUAUAGUGCGUAGCGAGGGCGUGGAUCACGACGACCCAAGGAACGCCAACUGGCUUUGGAACGAGGAACGGAACUGCGUCGUAGUGAUUGACUUUGACACUGCUCAUCUUCUCCCUCCUCCUAAGCCUCGGCUGCUUCGAAAGCUUGUCGGUAGAAAGAGGAAAUCGAUGAGGGGCCAGGGAUCCUCCCAGGCUCGAAAGCGCAUGUCUUUGUCGACGUCGUCCUAG